AUGACCACCGAGGAGAGCAUUAGCUGGCCUGAAUUACUCAAGGACACCAAUGUCACAGCUCAACAUGGCAAUGACAGCAACCGAAUUGCAGCAGCAACGAAGACUUUGCAGCAAACAGCCCACCAAUUCGUCGAGGUGCUCAAUGAGCGUGCCAGGCUUUUCUCCAACGGUGCUCAAUUCGAUACAGCGCUACGUGAUGCAGCAGCUAUACGAGCCAUAUUACCGAGAUCAGGACUUGGGUACUUAUGUGCAGGAGACGUGUAUUGUCAACAAGGACAUCAUGCAGCAGCAGUUACCAUAUACGAUCAAGGCCUUGAAGCAGUGCCAGAAUCAGAUGCCCAUUAUCAGCAGCUUCGACAACAUCGAAUGACAGCAAUAGCCAACAACAACAAACGCGUGGACUUUAUCAGCCAAUCGCCAUUGGAUAUUGUCAUCACCAACAUUGUACCAAGGAUGCAGCCCAAGUUCUAUUCUGAAUCAUCAUGCGAAUACCUCUUUGUGUCACGUGCAUGGCGGGAGCGUAUCUUGCAGCAACCUAAGGGCUUAAAUUUCCACUUUGGCAAAAACGUCCACACAUUCAAAAACGGGCACGUAAAACUCGUUCGGUUUGCACCCUACGUUCAGAUCUUGCAAGGACAUCUAUGCGACCUUCAUUUGGAUGAUCUCUUUCAUCGGGCUCCGUUUCCAAAUCUAAAAGAAAUAUGGUUCUACUGUAAGGAUACAACUCCCCGUCGCCCAUUUAUCAAUGGUCUAGAGUUGGUUGCCCAUUCAUUGGCCCGCAUGGUCAUUCUUGGUAGCUGCUCUUCUAUUGAAUUGCGUGAUAUUGUGGAGACUUGUCCAAACCUUGAAUAUCUGGAAGCGUGUGGGUUCGAAAUCAUCAUGCCUUCGUCGUCUACAGCAAGUUAUCCCAAAAUGACACGGCUAUUACUUUACGGCAUAUCAGAAUCAGCUCUCGCCUAUGAUAAUAUGGUCGAUGUCCUUAGCCGUUUUCCAUCAUUGUUAUUACUCAGAAUAUCGCCAAUGCCUGAAUCUCGUCUUUUGAAUGCCCUACAAGACCACUGUCCUUAUCUGCAGAGGCUUUUUUAUGGUCCCAAACGGCUUGCUUAUACAUUUCCAGACCCUUUGACUGUUUACCCGAAUCGCAGAGGGGUGGUAUCGGUUCACUUUGGUGGUGGUGGCUCCUGUGAUCAAGACGAUUUGAUCCGAUUUCUGUACCAGCAAAGAAAUUCUUUGGAGAUGAUUGAUUUUCAUGCCAAGAUUACAAAGGAUGACGAUGCCAUUUGGGAAAUAUCAGAUGGGAGAAUAUCGGAAAGCAAUGAUCGAGGAGGAACCUUUGAUGAUGAUGAUGAUGAUGAUGACCCUUCACAACAACAAUCAGAGACAUCAUUUGCGCGACUGGUCGACUUUGAUUUCUGGGUGAUGAACGAGACCCCAUCUACGCCUUUCAUGCAAUGGAUUCUAUUGAACGCACCUAAUAUUAAGACUAUCCGCAUCCUUGAUUCAAAUUGUCAACCCGAUAUUGCAGCUGCCAUGAUCAACUUGAAGCACCUGUCCAAAGUGGUAUUUGAUACAAAAAGAGGCAGCAUCGACAACAUGGGGAUCCAGCAGUUCCUGGAAUACCAUAUUGCGACAAUGGGUGACGCUUCAACACUUGAACAAGUCGUUGUGUACAUGAAAGAUAUGUCUGAUGUCGCGUGGAUACCUUUAUUGUACCGAUUGAAACGUCUCAAGACUCUCAUGUUACUUGCUGGCACCAUUUCUGAAAAUUGCGUAUCAUCAAUGUAUGAGCUAUGUCAAGGCUGCCCUGCGCUCGAGGAUUUAACCCUUGGCAAGGAUGGGUCUGAAAUGGCGGAUGGUCUUUUGAAGUCUUUGCGUCGACAUCCGAAUCUCAAGUACCUUGGUGUUUCAGCAAGAUCUUUAUCCGAGAACGACCUUACUGCUUUGUGUGCAUUCCGCACGUUAAAAUACCUCUAUCUUCAAUGCCCCGUUCCAAAGUAUUUGCUUGAGAUAUUACAAGACCAUAUACCGAAUGUUGAGAUUAAUAGCGAAUAA